GUCGUGUUGGGUGGACAGUGCUCGCUUCCUUGUCUGCUGGCGGGUUCGCGAGUCCGCUCGACAUUUAUCUGAAACUUUUCCAGUCACCAAGGUAAAUGGUGACUAAGCAAGUGUCACCAGUUAUAGUUUGGGUGUCCUGGACGGAGCCAUCUGAUACAGAUGAUGCAGAACUUGAUAGAGUGUGAGACAGAUACAGAGAUUCCUGAAGGAGGGUACCAGGCCUAUUGGGGCAAUCCGACAGCAGACGUCUAAACAGAGUACUGUGGAAGCCCAGAGAAAAGAGAAAGCAGUCCCAGCAGAGUGCUUCGCGCAAACAUUGGGCGGGUAACCCUAUUAUGUGACAUAUCUAGAGAAAGCAAUUUAAAAUAGAUGACAAACACAUUCCAUCAGUCCCUAGAAUGGGAGGUGGGGUUGUCAAUCUUAUCUCAAUAUUUCGGAAGCCUCAGAGGGUUUGGAAAUGGAAUAAGACAAGCAGUAACAUCAAGCAUUGCAGAGACUCUUGUUGACCUCAAGUUCACUGCCAGUGAGGAGGUCAGUGGCAAGGUGCUUCAAAUCUUUCCUUGGAAUCCGGGAUGCCAAUCACUUUCUGGGCAAAGAGUCUUUGGUACUCGGAAGAUAAAAUCCAAAUUUUCCUUUGGGACAAAUUUCAAAACUACCAGCUUUAUUGAAACUUACCCUCUUUUUUUAUCAUUCUGAGUCCUUAGGUUCCAAGAGCAUUGCUUAAUAAUUCUGUUUCUAAAAGGGCAUUGCAGUGCAAUGUCUCUGCUCAUGGUAAAGAUCAAAAGCUAUCUCAUCUGGAAAACAUACUACUACCUGUUUCAGCAAAUGCUUCUCAUUCAUUAUCAUCCUUAUGAGUAAUUCAUUGGCAAUGAGUAUAAUUUUUUUUUUUUUUUAUGAAUGGCUAAAUACACGCCCUCUCCUGAGGCAGGUUUUGUGCCUGUACUUAUGCCGCUCCUGUUACAUGAGCUUAGAAUCCAGACAGCUGGAUUGCUCUGGGCUGCAGUUAACAGAUGGCUCCUGCGAUUUUAACCGGCUUCCUUCCUCUGUGCAUGUGUCUGCUGCUGACACCUGGCUUUGCUGAGGCAGGCAAGCUGCUGGUAGUACCCAUGGAUGGGAGCCACUGGUUUACCAUGCGUCCGGUCGUGGAGAAACUUGCCCACAAAGGGCAUGAGGUGGUCUUAGUCAUACCAGAGGUGAAUUGGUACCUGGGAAGUUCAUUCAAUCUUACGGUAAAGACUUAUUCCACGUCUUACACUCUGGAGAAUUUGAAUAGUGAGUUCCAGAAGUUCUCCGAUUUUCACUGGAAAACUCAGCCACGAAGUUUACUUCAUAUGUGGCUGAAUCCGUCCAACAAAGCUUUUGACUACCUUUUUUCACAUUGUAAGAGUUUGUUUGAGGACACAAAAUUAGUAAAAUACUUAAAAGAGAGUUCUUUUGAUGCAGUGUUUCUAGAUCCUUUUGAUAUGUGUGGCUUAAUUGUAGCCAAAUAUCUUUCACUCCCAUCCGUGGUCUUCACCAGGGGAGUCUUUUGCCAUUAUCUUGAAGAAAGCACUCAGUGUCCCAUCGCUCUUUCUUACGUUCCUAGAGAUUUCUCAGGGUUCUCUGAUGUCAUGACUUUCGGACAGAGACUGUGGAAUCAUAUCCGGCACUUGGAGGAACGUUUAUUUUGCCACUAUUUUUUCAAAAAUGUUUUAGAAAUUGCCUCUGAGAUUCUCCAGACAACUGUCACGGCAUCUGAUCUCUUCAGCCAAAUAUCAAUUUGGUUGUUACGACGUGACUUUGUUUUGAACUAUCCCAAACCUGUGAUGCCCAACAUGGUCUUCAUCGGUGGAAUCAAUUGCGCUGAGGCAAAGCCGUUGUCAAAGGAAUUUGAAGCCUAUGUAAAUGCUUCUGGAGAACAUGGAAUUGUGGUCUUCUCUCUGGGCUCAAUGGUCUCAGAGAUUCCGGAGCAGAAAGCUACGGAAAUUGCUGAUGCUUUGGGCAAAAUACCUCAGACAGUCCUGUGGCGGUACACUGGGACUCCACCGCCGAAUCUUGCGAAGAAUACAAAACUUGUCAAGUGGCUGCCCCAAAAUGAUCUGCUUGGUCACCCAAAGACUCGGGCCUUUAUCACACAUUCCGGCUCCCACGGUGUUUAUGAAGGAAUAUGUAAUGGUGUUCCGAUGGUGAUGAUGCCCUUGUUUGGUGAUCAGAUGGACAAUGCAAAGCGCAUAGAGACCCGAGGGGCCGGAGUAACCUUGGACAUCCUGGAAAUGAGUUCAAAAGAUUUAGAAAAUGCCCUGAAAACUGUCAUCAGUGACAAAAGCUAUAAGGAGAACAUCAUGCGCCUCUCUAGCCUUCACAAGGACCGCCCCAUGGAGCCUCUAGACCUGGCUGUAUUCUGGGUGGAGUUUGUGAUGAGGCACAAGGGGGCACCACACCUGCGCCCUGCGGCGCAUGACCUCACCUGGUACCAGUACUACUCUUUGGAUGUGAUCGGCUUCCUCCUGGCGGUCGUACUGACGGUCAUCUUCGUCACCUUUAAGGGCUGUGCCUUUGCCUUCCGGAAAUGCUUCGGGAAAAAAGAGCGAGUGAAGAAAUCUCAUAAACCCAAGGCACACUGAGAACUGGGUUGGAAACUUGCAAGAAGAGUCACAGGUUAAAUUCAUGUUAUGCUUAUUCGAGAAAUACUUUGCCAGAAAAUAACACCCCAGAGUGUGUCUGAAAAAAUAAAAAUGAUCUAAACAUUAGUCACACAUACAGGUAGAGAUAUUUAAAUAUCUUUUCUGCUCCCUCCAGUAUCUUUAAUCUGGACUACACGUGUCAUCUUUCAAAUCACUUGCAAAGAGGGUUGGAUAGGUCCCUCCCUCCACCUGCAGUCCUUUACCUACUCAGAAAUGGGGCCUGUUUGGGAGCCGCCGCUUCCCACCACCGCUCCCCCCUCACCCCCGCAUGAGUUGUAACCUCACCUUCUGGCAUCUGUAGGUGGUUGUGAUAGAUUCCUUUACCAAUAAUGGCUGGUUCUAAAUUAUGCUCAUGCUUCCCAGAUGUCACUUUGUGCAUUUAAGUAAGGAAACGUUUAUUCCUUGUACUUGAUAUGAUAUGAAUGAAUGGUAUAGAUUUCUGACUUUGGGGGGAACGAACGAUGUAUAAAAUUGACGGGUGAUAUGCCUGAGCAGAUAGUCAUUGCUUGAGCCAAAUGGAUCUGAGUUUGACAAAAGCCUAAGUUAUAGAGACUGGCAAGUAUAUUUUCUCUGA